CAGAGGCACCGUGAUUUCUUCCGGGUUUCUCACUCGCACUUUGUUUUGUUUGGGUGGAUCAGCCGUCGGUUCAGCAUGACCAGAAAUACGUUUUCUGCUGCCGCAAAGGCCACUUUCUUCGAGUUCUGCUAGAAUCAACAUGUUUUCUGGGACUUUGCUCAGCAGAACAAGUCGGUAGCGUCAGAAAAAGUGUCCGUUCAUCGUGAUUUCACUCCGACCUGAGACACCUGUUGCUCCGGUUUCGACGGACAGGUGCCUUUCCUCUGAAACAGGGAGCAGCGUCGGCUCCUCAGACCUCUCACAUUUGGGAUUAUAUACAUAUUUUUUUCUCUUAUCGUUGGCUUAUUUUUCUUUAAACAACAGCGUUAAGUCGCAGCUGGCAUGAAAGUUACUGUAACUUUCGGUGACACCGCGGUGGUGGUUCCCUGUAAAGCUGGAUGGACCGUCCGGGAAUUAAUCGAACAAGCCACAAGGAGGUACCGCAGGAUAAUAGAGCAGCAACAUGGAGAGAUUCCUGUGAAUAUUCACCACUUGGAGUACACUGAUGGCGGGAUCCUGGACAUUGACGACUUGCUUAGCGAUCUGGUGGAAGACAGAGAAAAGCUGGUGGCCGUGUUCGACGACGACCAGCGAGGCGGCACGGAGAGUCCCGCCGAGUCCACAAGCAACAGCUUCUCCAGCGACGGCGGCAGUCCAGAGGCCAUGCAGUACUUUCCUCACCUGGAGUACGACGACCCGAGCAGAGGGGAGAUCGAGGUCAACGAGGCCGUCCUCAAGACGAACACGCCUCUGCUGGUGAGGAGCAACAGCGACUCUGUUUUGGCGCCUCCUCAUGAGUCGACACGUCCGCCUCCACCUGACGAGGAAAGCAACGAGCCUCCUCCUGAGCCAGAAGUCAACAAUGUACUGAAAGGAGCCCUGGACAGACUGCACAUGGAGAGCCCCCCACCCAAGAUGAAGAGCCAGGGCCAGGUCAACUUCAGUCCUCUCACAAAGACAGUGGAGUUCCCAGGUGACCGGGCCCCCCUGGGUAUCCACGUGGUCUCCUACUGCUCCUCGCUCAGCGGACGACCUCUGGGCCUCCACAUCAAAGGCAUCGAGGAGAACAGCCGCUCCAGGAGAGACAAUCUCUUCAAGGAGGACGAAUGCAUCGUCCAAAUCAACGACACGCCACUGCAGGACAAAACCUUCGCACAGUCUCAGGAGGUUUUCCGUCAAGCCAUGUCGUCGCCCACGGUGCGCGUGGAGGUCCUCCCUGUGGGCAGCAAACCGCGCUACGAGAAGAGCCUGAUCGGUCAGCUUUUCACCGGCGACGGCAAAGACUCCCCCGUCAAAGUCAGGAGUCCAACAGUGUCCCGCGCGCUGAUCAACACUCAACCGGAACCCAAGCCGCACCCGAAAGUUGAGCCGAAGCAGCCGGACGCGCGCACCAAGACUCCCGAGCCCGUUCUGCAGAGCACGCCGCCGCAGCAGCCCAGAUCCGGGACGCUGGAGAGAGCUUCACCCACGUCUCCGGCUCGGCCGGCCAACCCCUCGCCCACGCCGAGGACCCGCAGCCAGAGCCCGCUGGCCAACAGGGGUCCUGCUGCGCCCAGCCUCUCUAACCUUUCUAACCUUACAAACAAGAAAGCUGGCAAGAGGAUAAAAAUCGACCUGAAGAAAGGCACUGAGGGUCUGGGCUUCACCGUGGUCACCAGGGACUCCACAGUCCACGGGCCGGGCCCAAUUCUGGUCAAGAACAUCCUGCAGCGAGGCGCAGCAGUCAAGGACGGCCGCCUGCGGCCUGGAGACCGCAUCCUGGAGGUGAACGGAGUAGACAUGACUGGUCGCACCCAGGAGGAACUUGUGGCCAUGCUGCGCAGCACCAAGCAGGGGGAGGUGGUGUCCGUGCUGGUGUCCCGGCAGGAGGACAUCUUCCUGCCACGAGAGCUGAAAGGGGAGGAGGUGAGCAGCCAAGUGUCGGAGGACGGAAGGGAGCAGCUGAUGUACGAGAUCCCGCUCAACGAGACGGGCUCCGCAGGCCUGGGCGUCAGCCUGAAGGGGAACCGGUCCAAGGAGACGGGCGAGGACCUGGGAAUCUUCAUCAAGUCCAUCAUCCACGGAGGGGCCGCGUAUAAGGACGGCCGAUUGAGGAUAAACGACCAAAUGAUCGCCGUGAACGGCGAGUCGCUGCUCGGACGCUCCAACCACGCCGCCAUGGAGACGCUGAGGCGGUCCAUGUCCUCCGAGGGGAACAUGCGGGGCACCAUUCAGCUCGUGGUCCUCCGGGCUUCCAGACAGGUGCGGUUCCAAUCGGCAGGAAGUGGCAACACUAUGCCAAGAUCGGCAACAAACAGCAACUCCAACCAUCAACCCGCCGUCAAAGCCGACUCCAGCUAUCAGGAGCCGCGGAGCCUCGACUCGAACCAGAGGCCGACCAGACCCGCUCAGCCAGAGUCCACCGUGAACGGCUACGGCGACUCCAGGAGUGCUCCUGCCGCCGCCGCCGCCAACGGCAUAGAUGGUUACUACAGCAACGAGGAGGAAGAGCAGGGCUUCCCGCCGCCGCCGUCGCCGGGUUCUGUGGAGGAGCUGAGCAGAGAGCUGCCUCUGGCUCCGCCGCCGCGCAGUGAGGCGCCGGGCGUGUCGGGAACUUUCAACCCAAACAGCCGGCUCAUCAAGGACAAGGACAACGUGCCUCGCAACAGAACCUCCAAGAGCAUGGACCUGGUGGCCGACGAGAGCAACGUUGGAUCGCUGGCGGGGCAGAGAAACGAGUCCCGUUCUGGAGGAGCGCUGGGUCCCACCCUCGGCCUCAUGAAGUCCAGUUCCCUGGAGAGCCUCCAGACGGCCGUGUCCGAGGCCCAGCAGAGCCGGAGCCAAGCGCAGGUCCCGUUCCACCGGCCGCGGCCGCAGGUGAUCCGAGGUCGAGCGUGCAACCAGAGCUUCCGCAUCGCCAUCGACAAAUCCUACGACGGGCCUUCUGAAGACGACGACGACCUGUCAGACAACAGCUCCGGCCACGAAACGCCUGCCAGCACCUCCUCCCGUCAGGAGCUGGACGUGGACGACGGGAAGAAGAAGAAGAAGACCAAGGGGAAAAAGACGGAGAAGAAGCCAAAGGGGAAGAAGACGACUGAGGAGUUAGAGGACCGACCGCGGAAGAAGCCAAAGAAGUCAAAAGAAAAGAAAAGCGCGGACCUAGAGGAUGAACCCGAUAAGAAGUCUAAGAAGAAAGGAUUUGCCCUCUUAAGGUUCGGCAAGAAGAAAGAGGACAAGAGAUCCAAAGAUCCGGCGAAAGGAUCGACGAACAGACUGGAGGCCCUGAGCGAGGAGGAGCUGGACAGGAACCAAGACAGCAGAGACGGCUACGCCACGCCAGACGGCGUCUCCCUCCCCGACAUGGAGGACGACGACAGCGACCCCAACUACGCCCGCAUCAACUUCCGCCAGCCGCCCUCGCCGCUGUCCCUGAGCCGCACCCCGUCCCCAGCCGUACCAAGAGGGGCGCCGAGUCAACCUCAGGCCCCCUCAGACGACCUCGAUGGACUCUACGCCAAAGUGAACAAAUCCAGACCGCCGCCCGCACAGAGCCAGCCGCAGGCCCAGCCAGACGGCGAUUACCGGAUCCAGGGGUUGCGCAGGGAGUACCAGCAGGCCCGAGCAGCUCCGGGUUACGAGGAGCUCGAGGCAGCGAGACGCCGAGUUCUGGAGCACGACCCGAACCGGAUGGCACCCAGAGGAGCUGAAUCCCGGCCAAGGCACCGGUACGAAGAGUUAGACCUGGAUUACAAUCAACAACCCAGGAGGGACCCCUACGAUUAUCCCACACACUCCAGGCCUGUCCCCAGGGAGCCGGCCCCCUACCCCGGUCCCUACCAGGACCCUCCGGUCUCCGGUAACUCUGGCCGUCUGCCCCUCCCGCAGUCGUCCGGCCAGUCCCAGCAGGCGCCCGCUUAUCAGCGCCACCAGCCUUCAGGACAGCAGCACCGCGCAGCUCUGAGACAGGACGUCCCCCCGUCUCCCACCGCGGGCCGCAGGGGGCGGCCAUACUACGACCCCAACGCAGGGAGAGGAGACGGCUACCGGCAGGCCAGCCCCGGCCGCUACGGCAGCCCCGAUAGGUACCGGUACGGAGAUGAAGGACAGCCUGAACCGAGGCGGAAAGACCCCAUGAUAAAUGCAGUGUAAGGCGAGAGUCAAAGUUUAACACCGGGGGUCAUCGCAACAAGUUCUAUUUAAAUGUAUAUAAACAUAUAUAAAUAUGUAUUGUUUUUGGCAGAGAUAUUAUACGUAUUCCAGUAUUGCCAAGGUUUAUGUUGAGACGGAUGUCGUGACCCAGAAUGAAAUCAGAUUAAAUUGCACAGAUUUUUUUACAGCCAACCUGGUGCCAAACGGAUGUUGUAAAAAAAUAAAGUUUAUCCCAGCACUGAACGGCAGAAUUGUGUCCAGUCGGCUCAACCUGAAGGCGAUGAAGAGGGAUCGCCUUGGGCAGCUCGAUCAUGCGCCAGGAAAAACAGGAAGCCGACAAACAGGAACAGGAAGUAACUCCCCCUCUUGUGUCUUUUAGGCCUUGAUGUGUUGCCGCUCCAACUUCCUUAUAACACGCUGGUUUUUUUUUUUUUUUUUUCUCCUUUUGUCUUUUUUUGCCUUAGAUUGUGUGGCUAGCUCAUUCACUGUCUGUUGAGAUUAAUUUAAUUGUGAUGUUUGUGGUAUUUCUAAUAAAUUAACUACAUCUUGUUCUGCACAUAGGUUACUGUCAGCAGCUACGCCACCAGUGAUGAAUUAAACGAAAUAUUUUCCUCUUUAACAUAUCAAACCUUAAAAUGAGUUGCACUGGGAUGUGUCUAAUUUAUCAUUUGAUUCAAAUAUUGUCAAAUAAGUGAUUUUUUUUUUCUUUUUUUUUCUACAAAUACUUUGCAAUAAAUAUUUUUGAGCUCCUCA